UACCGCGAAUGACGCGGAAAAGUCCAUUAACCCACACGCAAAGGGAGUGUGUGUUCCGGUAUCUCAAAUUAAUAUUAAUAAGACAGGCUUAUCGCUUUGCAACCUUCUUAGAUCACUAUCAAUACUACGAAAACAUCGAAGCAUAUUGUGGACAUUUCCGAUUUGAAGACGCGCGGCGUUAUAAUGCUGAAUUGUGCUUUAUUUCAUUCUCAGAUAGCCUCCAUUGUUGAGGUACUAGCUAAAACGGCCAUUGCAGAAAUAUGCGAGCUGGUGGACAAUGGCUAUGCGGCAUUGCAAACGGAGAUCUCGCGAAGCCAAAAAGAGAAUAAAACCCUGAAGAGGGAACUGCAAACCACGAAACAGAGAUUAGCGCAGCAAGAAAAGAAAAACGGCUCGCCGCAGGCCUCUGUAAACACUGGCUAUAGAAGAGUUAAGAUAUGCGAUGAAUUAAGAGGGAUUGCAGGAAAGGAGGUAUUUUUUCCAAACGAAGAAAGCCUGCUAUACAGAAAAUCAGAUGGCAGCCAGGGGGAAGCCCGUGAUCACUCCUUUGUGGAUGAGGAAUACGGUAUGUGCAAGUCUGCUUUGAAAGUGAAGCCUGCACACGUGGAAGAGGAAAGCUGUGACUUGCUUAUAAAACAAGAGGGACAUGAAGACGACUUUGGGAGUAGCAAACUACAUGGAUGUCUAAAUGUGACAGGCGUACUUGUGGAAUCAGGUGAUGCUGAAACAGGUCCAGUUCUGGCAAAACGAAUUACCCCAACACAAGAUGCAGGACUGUGCUUUGAGCAACAGAGAACCAAAGGCCAGGUUUUGGACAGAAGUGAUCUGGACGCUCUGGUCCAUGAAGAAUCAGAGAAUGAGACUUUUAACCAAAGUCUUGAGCAUCAAGGGUCAGAACAGAGUUCUGCAAAAACAGACAGUCUAAGAAACAAAUAUUUCAUGAAUGACAGGCCGGAUCAACUGAACGUCCUCUUAUCACCGUUGAAUAGCGGCAGAAGGACCAGGCAGUUAAUGGGAUCCUACGCCACAGAGCCGAAUUCACAGAGAGCGUCAGCUGAAUCUGAACCUCCACUGGGUCCUUUUUCAGACGAAUAUGACGACGACAGCCUGUGUUCUCUGGUAUCUCAGGAUGAGAAACCAGAUUUGAUCAUGAUAGACUCGGCAUCCAUGGAGUUCGAGUUGCAGCCUGAAGAGAUUGAAGAGACGAUGUCAGAAAUGGCUCAAAACCAGCACAAGCGUUACAGAGAACAAAGCCGAGGCGAGAAAGGGAAUUAUCUACAUAAGGGACUGUCACACAGUCAUACAUUAGAGGAGCAGAGCACAGCAUUCUGUGACCCACAAAAUAUUACCGGAAAUGUCUUUUAUGAGAAAAAUCUCAAUAUGCUGAGAAGCGCAGAAAUUUACCAGGAAGCUGAGACUGUGGGGGGAAGGUUUGUAGGUACAGGACCGUUCAACUGCUUGCUUUGUGGAAAGACAUUUGCACAGCUGAGUCAACUUAAGAAGCAUCAGCUCGUUCAUACAGGGGAAGAGCAGUUUAAAUGCACUAAGUGCGGAAAGUGCUUUGCCAACUCCAGUAAUCUAAAGAGACAUCAAACUGUUCACACCGGGGAGAGACCUUUUAGCUGUGCACAAUGUGGGAAAAGGUUCUCUUUUGUAGGGAACCUGAAAAGACAUCAGAGCGUUCACAUUCGAAAGAAGGUACCCGGCUCGUCUGCAUUGGAGGAAGAAAUUUACGGUCUAGAGUGCAUUUUAUAUUUUUUUGCCAGAAUGUUGAACUCGGCUUCUUUGCACUCGCAGCUCACGUCCAUCAUGGAUGUGUUAACCAAAGCAGCGGUGGCAGAAAUCUGCAAACUUGUAGACGACGGGUAUGCGCUUCUGAGACUGGAAAUGUCUCGGAGUCAAAAGGAGAACGAAGCGCUGAAGAGGAAGCUCUCGCUACACAUGAUGGAGGCUGGUCCUGCGGGGCAGUGCGGGGCAGCGGCGAGGAUCCCCGGGGAGCCGAGCAGCGCCCGGCUGGACAGACCUCAUCCGCCCGAGGGUGCAGGGGAAGCCGCUUCGGUCAAUGAAGCAUUUUCGAACCAGCCAUUAGAGGUCUGUCAGGGAGGGGAACCCGCAGCCGCGGCCAAGAAGGACUUCCGGGUGCCGCCUGGUCCUGGGCUAAAGAAGUGUACAGAGGUGGAGAAGAGAAGGGAAUGUCUGAAUAUUAAAGAGGAGCGAUUUGAAGAAGAUAUGAAGCACUGUGACUCGCAGAUUGGGCUGAUGAUUAGUGUGGGCAGAAUUGUGGAGUCUGCGGUGGAUGAUCCUGACGAAAGGAUUCCUGUAUCCAACAAACUAGCCACAGCUGUAGACGACGGACAGGCACUCCCCGAGCAGCAGAGGCCGGGGGCUGCUGCGUGGAGCGACGGAGAAUUCCUCGCCGUCCUCAAGGUAGAUCCAGAGAACGAGACUGUCGGUCAGAAAAGCCACAUCGGGAGACUUGAAGGUGGCGCCGGCAAGCCGUUUGAGGAAGUUGUGUGCGAGAGACCAAGUCCGAUAGAGACCUUCUUCACACAAGUGAGAACAGAAACAAAGACUGAACAGACAGAUCGCGCUUACAGCCAUUCCGAGAGGCAUUUGUCUACGCUCGGACCUUUCCCAGAGACAUCUGGCAACGCUUCAUCCUCCUUGGGAUCCUGGGAUGAGAAACUGGAUGUAGUUGUAACUGACUCAAAACUGCAGCAGCCUUCAGCGUGGGCUAGAGAGAUCAUGUUGGGGGCAGUUCCCCAAAAACAAUCCAGUGACCGCGGGAAAAGUGAGAAACCGCAACGAGGAAGCUAUGUUGAAGUAUGUUCCCCUCAGAGCCACAUGUCCGAAAGAGACAGGCCGUCAAAGUCAUUUGAUGGUCCAGGAAUGAGUGGAUGCUCUGUAAACGAGGAGAAUCCCACCACGACAAGAAGCGUUCAUCAGAGAGGCAGCACGAGGGAGAAACGCUUCAUUUGCACAUAUUGCGGAAAGAGCUUCACCUGUCUGAAAAACCUGGAGACGCAUAAGAGAGUCCACACUGGGGAGAGACCGUUCAGCUGCGUGCAGUGCGGCAAGCGCUUUUCUCAGUCCGCCCACCUCAAGAAGCAUCAGAGCGUGCACACGGGAGAGAAACCCUUCAGCUGUGCUAAAUGUGGAAAGUGCUUCGCAGACUCCAGUAACCUGAAGAGGCACCAGAAUGUCCAUACUGGGGAGAGACCAUUCCGCUGUAUGCAGUGCGACAAGCGCUUUUCCUUAAUUGCUAAUCUAAAGAGACACCAAAGUAUUCACAUCGCAAAGAAACCGUAUCGGAAUAUAAUGUGGGAAGGAUUAAUUUUUGUGAUUAAAAUGACCAGUUGCAACGUUUUUCGCACUCAGAUGACCACCAUUCUGGAUGUUCUUGCUAAAGCAGCCGUUUCCGAAAUAUGCAAGCUUGUAGAUGAUGGGUACGCGGUCUUACGGUUAGAAAUAUCGCGGAGUAAGGAGGAGAAUCAAACGCUGAAAAGAAAAUUAAAGGUAAUGGAACUGAUGAUCGCACAGGGAUGCGUGGCACCAGAAGAGAGUGACUCUGAUAAAGCAGCAUGCAAGGGUGACUUAACAAGCGGUGAUGCCCAGUUCAUGGCCACAGUGGAACCCUCAUAUGCCAGCCUUUGGAGAGACGAUGAUUCAGACUCUAUCGCAGAUAACGAUGGAAGGUUUGAGUUGCAACUUAUUAAACAGGAGAUACUAGAGGAAGACUUUGGGCAGAGGGACUGCCAGGAAGAACUGAGGAUGUAUGCGAAAAGUGCUGAGGGGCCUGCAGAAGCUGCUGCAGGUCUGUCUGUCUUGGACACAAAGGCAACAUCCGCAGAAGAUGUAGAGGAGCUUCCUCGGCAGCAAAGUAACGGAGCCAGUGUUUGGGAAGGCAGCAGGUCAGGUGACAACCUCAAGGCUGAGCUAGAGAAUGGGACCUUGAGCCAGAUGCCCCAGCAAACGGGAUCUGAGAAGAGCAUGGAAAGAGGGAAUGCUCUUGCUUAUGACUACAUCACGUGCGAGAGGCUUGGUCACGCUGAAGGUCUGUCUGCUCCGAGAUUCUCCGACAGAGGAACCAAGGAGGUAGCUGCCUUCUUCACAUCAGAACCUACGUCCAAGUGCCAACCUCUUUCCUCCAGCCUUCAGUCGCUUCCUCCACCAUGGAGCGACACUGGAAACUGCACAACUUCUGCAGAAGUGCUUAAUGUGAAAUUGGCUGCCGCUAGGAUGGACACUGAUUACUUUAAGGUCGAGACGGACCUGAGUUCUACGUGGGAUGAGGGGGGGAGGAUGGCCAACAUGGAGCAAGACCACCAAGAACAACAACAAAGGCACAGCGAGUCGUCAAAUUGUGUUCCCACGUAUUCCUCAGAGUCUCAAAUGGCAGAGAGCGAGGAUAUAGCUGCUGAACUGAAAUCCAGAGCCCCAGGCCUAAAUGGAUGGGAUCCGUAUGAUAACCAGUUGACUGAAACUGUAAAUAUCGACAGCAGUGUGGAAGCAAAUAUGGACAGACUCAUUUGUGUAUAUUGUGGCAAGAGUUUCGCCUGUCAGAAUGUCCUUGAAACACACCAGAGAAUACAUACUGGGGAGAAACCAUUCCAAUGCACACAGUGUGAAAAGAGAUUUGCACAGCUGAGUAAUCUUAUAAUACACAAGAGGGUCCACACUGGGGAGAAACCGUACUGCUGUACGUACUGCGGAAAGCAGUUUGCCCAGUCACGUUACCUCGUGACGCACCAGAGGGUGCAUACGGGAGAGAAGCCAUUUAAGUGCACGCAGUGCGGAAAGCGCUUCGCUCAGUCCAAUAAUCUUAUACGGCACCAAAGUGUCCACACUGGGAGAAAACCCUUCAGGUGCUCGCAGUGUGGAAAGUGCUUCACGACCUCAAGUCACCGGAAACGACACGAAAGCGUUCACUCGGGGAAAAAAACGAUGCUGUCUGUACAGGUAUUCAAAAUAUCGAAGUACUGGCCGCAGGGCAUUACGAUGUCGACCAGUGUCGGAUUUCAAACACAGAUAACCUCCAUCAUGGAGGUGUUAACUAAAGCGGCCGUGGCCGAAAUCUGCAAACUUGUGGAUGAAGGCUACGCAGUGCUGCAGCUGGAGAUAUCCAGAAGUCGGCAGGAAAACGAAAUUCUUAAACAAAAACUGUCGAUACAGAUGAUGACGACGGGGGCAGCCCAGGAGAUACCCGCAAACGAAAACACUAUUCCCAGCUCAGCUGGAAUUUUUGGGAAACCGCCGGGUCCCCGCUGGAGAGACGGCACUGCUCCGGUUCUGGAUAGGGUUUCUGAAAUUGAAGAGGAACAGCCCAAUUUGCUGCUUGUAAAAGAGGAGGAUUUGGCAAGCGCCGACUCACUGAGAGAGCUGAACGUCAUUGAAGAGAGUUUCGCGGAGCUCGAGGCUGCGGAAAAGCCCGGCAAAGCAGACGCCGUGAUUGGCACAGCAGAAGACGUGAAGGGACUCGGUGCGUGGGACGACGGGGGGCUGGGCGCCGCCCUCAAGGCGGAGGUGGGAGCGGAGCUUGAGGACCACGAACUCCACCACGCUAGGCUGGGUCUCAGUGCAGAAAGGCGGAGCUGUCUGGAAUCUGAGGUCUCCAUGUUUGACAAACCCGCUCUAGAAAUGUGCUAUGCAGAAAAUUCCGGAUUGGAACAGGAGGAUCCGGCCGGCUCGGAAGGCGACUUGGAACUUUUCUCAGCUGACACAGUGCUUCCUCACUUAGGACCUUUCAACAAACCCCUAUGGUUUACGGACCAGAAUGCCGACUUGCGGAAAAAACGCUACGAUUGCGACUACUGUCGGAAGAGUUUCAGCUCUUCGCAAAGUCUUGAGGUGCACCUGAGGGUGCACACUGGCGAGAAGCCGUUUAAAUGUGCGCACUGUGGGAAAAGGUUUGCCCAGUUGUGCAACCUCAUAACACAUAGGAGGGUUCACACUGGCGAGAAACCGUUUCACUGCGUCGAAUGCGGCAAGCGAUUUGCCGAUCCGGGUUACCUCAAAAGACACCAGAGUGUUCACACUGGUGAGAAACCGUUUAUCUGCCAGGAGUGUGGGAGAAGUUUCUCAUUCUCCAGUAACCUGGCAAGGCACCGCAGUCUUCACGCUAGAAAAGACCCGUUAAAUUGUAAACGUGGUGCAAAGAAAUUUAUUUCUACAAGUCACACAUUAUUUUGUAAAUUAGACAUUCCCAGGUUUAACUGGACAAUGCAAGCAGCCAUGCCGAACUGUGCUGCCUUUCACGCACAACUAUCCUCUAUAAUGGAGGCGUUAACUAAAGCGGCCGUAGCAGAAAUUUGCGAGCUGGUAGACGACGGCUAUGCAGUGCUACACUUAGAAAUAUCCCGGAGCCAGGAGGAAAACGAAGCCUUGAAACGGAAGCUGGAGAUGAUGGAGCUGCGUAUGGCCCGGAGAUGCGGCACGAAAAGCGGGGAGCAGGGCAGCGCGGUGCACGGUCGCCUGAACGGGAUGCUGCCCAGCAGUGAGCCGAGAACAACGCGCAAGAAGAGUGUGCUCCAAGGAAAGGAGAAAACGUGUGACAAACAGUGGACGGUGGACGAAGGAGAGCCUGCGGCCAAGAUCAAGCCUGCUGAGAAAGAUGACCGACCUGAACCGAUCGUUAUUAAGGAAGAGAGUCAUUACGAGAGCUUGGAAGACAGCAACCAAGAAAGAGGAAAGAGGGACAGAGAGAGAGCUGAGGAGCCGUGCUCUGAUGAUGAGAGCAGAUGCUGUGUAGAUACCCAGACGAAGCCUACAGAGGAUGCAGAAAAGCUGCCUAGACAACAGAGGACCAGAAGAGGCACUUGUGAGGACAUUGGACUGGACUCUGUUGUCAAAAGGGAACCAGACGAUGAAGCCGGAGGGCUGGAGUGUGAUUACAGCCCCCUGUGUCAGACAGCCAGCCAGCUGCAGGCAUUCUUUGCGCAGGCGGGUUCAGAGACGGAUGCUGAGGAACCGGCUUGCUCUUACUCUGUAAAAUCAGCCUCGUCGGAUGUUCAGACGGAUGGUUCAGAGGAGGAGCCUGCUUCUGUGGUGGGGAAAAGCUCCUGUAGUCUUCUGUCUCCUAAGAGAUCUGAGGUUGUGAUGAAAGAUGCAAACAUGGCGGUCCCCAUGGCUGAUAGGGCCGAGGGGCAUUCCGCAUGGAGCAAAGAAGCCAUGCUGGCACACGUCUAUCCCCAACACGUACAAUAUGACGAUUUUGGGGAAACGCAGGGAUUGCAGUCAGAAAUUCUGGCCAACAUGUGUCUCCCACUUAGCCAGAUGAAUGCCAGGAAGAACGCUGUUGAUUCAGAGUCAGACAUGAGUAAUCUAACCACAUCACCAGGCGGUAAGAGUCAUCGCAAAGCAGGUACUAGAGAGAAACGCUUCAUUUGCGGGUAUUGUGGCAAGUGUUUUACCUGUCCGAAGUACCUUCAGACGCACCAGAGGGUUCACACGGGAGAAAAGCCCUACAGCUGUCCGCAGUGCGGGAAGAGGUUCGCCCAGUCGGGGUAUCUCAAGAAGCACCAGAACGUGCACACGGGAGCGAAACCCUUUGGCUGCAAGCAGUGUGGAAAGAGGUUUGCCGAUUCGAGCAAUCUCAUAAGGCACAGGAGCGUCCACACGGGGGAGAAGCCUUUCAUUUGCACUUACUGCGGGGAGAGGUUCGCAGGAAAGCAUAACCUCAAAAUACACCAACAGAGAAACCAUCCGGCUCUUUGGAGCACUAUUCUGUUAAACGGCAAAGCAGAACACCCUCCCCCAAAAAGCCAAAAGCCAAGCGGACACGGAGAUCCCCCGCGAGUAGCAGCCAUGACGAGUUGCCUGGCUUUUAACACACAGCUCGCCUCCAUCAUGGAGGUGCUGGCUAAUGCCGCCGUGGCGGAGAUCUGCAAGCUGGUGGACGACGGCUACGCGGUGCUGCAGCUGGAGAUCUCUCGGAGCCAGAAGGAGAACGAAGCCCUGAAGAGGAGGGUACAGAUGCUGGAGAGCGGUAGGGUGCGGGACGCCGAGCAGAGGCCGGCCGUGAGAGAGAGGAGGACGCGCCGAGCCGCCGGCUUUCGGAUGGGCGACGAGCAGGGCGGAGAUGCUGCUGGAGAGAGCCGGUUCUCGAGCGUCGACAAAUCCUUCAGCGCAGAUGUGGAUGCUGGUCUGUGGAGGGACAGGGAGGACUCCUCCGAUGAGGUUCAUGUGUCUUUAUCAAGUUGCAAAGAGCAGAGUGGUAACUUUGUUCCUCGGCAACAUGCGGAGAACCUGGAAGAGGAAAAACCGAAAUCGGUAUGCAUUAAGGUGGAGUGCCUCGAAGAUGAUCUGGAGAACGGAGACCAAGAGGGCGAGCUGAAGAUCAUUGGGGACAGGGUGGUGGAUGUGUCUGACAGUAACAGAAACGUCCCCAGCAUUUUGACGAAAGCUGUAGCUACCAGAGGCAGGGAUGGGGCAGCUAAACACAGCAGGAACAGAAAUGAUGUCUUGAAGUCCAAUAACAGCCUCCUCAAGGAAGAACCAGCGAAUGAGACCAACAGCCAGCAAACAGGAUCUACGGAGGAGGCUGGAAAAAUGAACGAUCUGGAUUAUAUCAUGUACGAGAGCAACAGUGAGCUGCAGACCUUCAGUUCCCACAGUAAUACAGAGGCGGAGACUGGUGGCCCAGCAUGCAAUUUUGAGUCUGAGGACCUUGCUGUUUGCUCUGAAUCUCAGCCAGCUAGUGCCCCAGGGAGGGGUGAUGCAUUUUCUGAAUGGGACAAAGUGGCCAUGUUGGGGGUAGGGCACACGCAGCAUAGCUAUUACAGGGAAGAUGGUCUACGAGAUGAGUUUCCCCUAGGAGAGAUGUCCAUGUUUACCCCAAACAUGCAAAUGACCGUGGGAGAGAACAUAGCAUCCAAACCCAACAUGCCUCCCAUCAACGGAUGGGUCUCCGGGGACGACCGUCUCGUCAAAUCGAAAGGCGUCAAGAACCAUCGGCGAGUUGGCACCAGAGGCAAGCUGUUCAUCUGCACCUACUGCGGGAAAGGUCUGGCCUGCCUGAAGAACUUGAAGACGCACCAGAGGGUCCACACCGGGGAGAAACCCUUCAGCUGUGCCCAGUGCGGCAAGCGCUUUGCCGACUCGAGCAAUUUUAAACGGCACCAGAGCGUCCACACUGGGGAGAGGCGGUACUCCUGCACCUACUGCGGAAAGCGCUUCGGACAGUCGGGUUCGCUCAAGGUCCACUUGAGGGCACACACCGGACAGAAGCAGUUCAUCUGCUCACAGUGUGGCAAGACCUUUAUCUCCUCCAGUCACCUUAAGAGACACCUGAGUGUUCACAUUGGCGAGUCUGUUCACUAGUGCUUGGGGUGACUCUCCAGUCUGACUUCUUAAACGUUAUCGUUCCCAUUGAAAGGAAAACGAUGUCUGCAUCACCUAUCCAAGGAUCGUCCAGUAAUCCUUUCCCGCUGAAUACCUGAUAAAUGGUACUCCAGUCACUUAUGUUUCCAUAUUAUACUGAACAAUAAAUAUAUAUAUAUAUAUUGAAGUACAUUUUUGAUAGAAUUUCUAAGCUACUGAACAUUAGUAUCUGUAUAUAUAAUGUUUGUAAAGUCUCACUCUGUUUAUCCAAGCCAAGACUUAAUGGAAACCGUUAAUGUUUGAAUUUCUGCAUCUGUCGUAUGGAAGAUCUGUUUGGUUUGUUUUGUUUUCCAGCCUAUCCUUUUGGUACUAGACAGCUUUCCUGUUCAUGCUGUUCACAUCAAUACAGUGUGUAGUGAAUCAUCCAAUGUCUUGGCUUGAGUUUAGCUUCAAGUCUUUUUUUUUUUUUUUGGCUGCAAUAUUACCGCAAACAAUAUUUUUUUACAAGACGGUUGAUGCUGAAGGCCGCUAAAAGCAGGGAUUGAGAGAAACUACACCAGAUGGGAUCUGCCGUUGUACUGAAUCAGUUCAAGUACAAUACUCGGUGUUUUCAUUGGAUGAAACUGUGUGUGUUUUUGACCAGCCAAUACGUGUUGAGUACACAGACAGUGUUCUUAAGAAAGUGCCAUUCCCAUUUGCCGUUACAUUUUAGACGUUUUCUUGUCCAGAUUUGCCGUUACCUUUUAUUUAAAUGAAUAAUUUAUCACUGAAAUGCAUUGCCGAGCGCUUGCUUUCUUUUGAUUAUCCAUGCCUAUGAAUUAGUCAUUUAGGUUAUCAUCUAUAGUUAAUGUAGCCUUUUAUUUAUUUAGUUUAUAAGUGUAUUUUGGGGGGGGGAAAUACGCACAUUGUGAACAGAGUUGUACCAAGAGAAGCAUAGAAAAAUUGACGCUCUGCUGCUGGGUUUUAAUAAAACAUUAAGAGUAA